AAACUAGAAACUAGAAACUAGGGAACGCUAACAAUAGAAACACACCAACACAAUACUCCGUGCCUUGCAUGGGGAGAGACCAGGACUUUUAUAGGGCGCCUGAUUGGUCACAGGUGUUGACGCAAUCAGCGUGAUGGGUGAUGGGAAUAGUAGUCCGGGUUGUAGUACAACAGUCAACGUGUAAUGAUAGGGUGAGAGUGACAUCCGGUGGUGAGCGGACCGCAGGUCACCGACCAGAUUCGUAACACUUACAAAUAUUCACUUAGAGAUUUCUGGCCUCAUCACUGGUACAGCAUUGUCUAAAGUAACAUGUUUUUGUUUAACAUUACAGAGAGAAAGUACAUCCAGUUAGACAAAAUGGACAAAAUCAUUAAGAAAAGCAUCUUAGUUGAAGAUGGAAAUCCUGCUCAAUACCGUCUGCAAACCAACAGAGAUAAUUUAGAUCAGUCCAAACCAUACAGAAAAAUAGCCUUUGGGGACAGAGACAGAAAAAAACCCCAUAAAAUCAUUCUAAUGGUGGGAGAAACAGGAACAGGAAAAACAACCCUGAUCAAUACAAUGAGCAACUACAUGUUGGGUGUAAAGAGAGAAGACAAGGUUUGGUUUGAGAUCACAGAUGAUCAGAGUGACCAAACAUCAUCUCACAGUCAGACCUCCAGAAUCACUGUUUAUGGGUUUUAUCCACAAGACAGUAAUACUGAUUUAACAAUCAUUGACUCACCAGGAUAUGGAGACAUGCGUGGAACUAAUCUCGAUAAACAGAUCGCUGAGAGUUUGCUUAGUCUAAGUGAAUCUGCAGAAGAAAUACAUGAAAUACAUGUAGUGUGUCUGGUGAUUAAAUCAACCCAAAACCGACUCCAUGAAAGACAAAUCUACAUAUUUGAUGCUGUUCAGGCUUUAUUUGGAAGUGAUACUGCUGAAAACAUUGUCUUGCUCUUCACACACUCAGAUGGCAUGCGUCCUAAAAAUGCACUCAUGGCUAUUAAAGAGGCUAAAAUCAAAUGUGCAUUAAAUAACAAGAAUCAGCCAGUGGUUUUCCUGUUUAAUAACUGUCAGUCAGACGCUGAUGAUGAAGAAUAUGAAACUAUACAGAAGCAAUCAUGGGAUCUCAGUUAUAAAGGAAUUGCAGGAUUGUUCAACUUUCUCGACAACAAUAGACCAAAAACCUUGAAAAUGACUCGAGAUGUUUUACAAAAACGGAAGCAGUUGGAAGCAAAUAUCCGUAAUAUACAAUCACGUGUUCAAACUAUAGAAUUAAAGCAAAAUGAGCUGAAACAAACUCAAGCAGCUCUGGAGCAACACAAGAAAAAUAUCAGAAAGAACUAUGAGUAUGAAGUUGAUGUAAUCUACAAAGAAAAGGUUGAUAUUGAUCGGUCUAUGGCCAAAAAGGCGACAUGCUGCACCGUCUGUGAAGAGAACUGUCAUUAUCCAGGAUGCUGGUGGAUCAGUGGUCUCUCAUGGUGCAGUGUGAUGGAAGAUGAUCACUGUACAGUGUGCACUAAUAAAUGCCAUUACAGCAAACAUGUCAAAGAAGCAAAAAUAUAUGUAACAAAAACAAAGAGGGAGAAGAUGACAUGUGAAGAUUUAAUGAAGAAAUAUAAAGACGAAUUAGAACAUGAUGCAUCUUUGAAAAAUGAAGGAAAUCAAGGAGUCUGAAAAGGCUGAAAUGCUGGAAAUCUUUAAGAAGGGAGCAGAAGAAAAGCACAGAGCUCUGGAAUACAUGAUAAAAUCAUGUAAAUCAUUAAAUAUAAACAAGUAAAAUGCCUUAGUCAAACCCUGCACAGAUACAUGUUGUACUUCAAAGGCUUUUUUCCUUUCUUUUCUCAAAUGGGUUCAUAUCUUGUUUUUCUUUUAAAUUUAAUUUAAAUGAAACUCAAAAAUUUUAAACUUUAUAUUUUGCUUGUGAAUAUGUGGAUACACUGAUUGUCUAUUUUAUAAAUAUUUUAUGUACACAUUAAUAUCUAUCUUACUUCUGUCAUUUAGUUAUUUUAGGAGUUCUAGAGAAUAAAAUCAACAGAUAGCCAUGUUGCUUUAUUUCAUGCCAGCAUUUGUUAAUUUAAAAACUAAUUAUAAUUCUUUACAUCAUUCUAUUUAGUGACUUAUAAUUGUUGUAAUCUGUUUUUUUGAAUUGUACCAUACUAUAAAAUGUAUUAUU